CUGUGUCCCUCCUGCUCUGCUCCGCCCCGUGUGUUGGGGGGGGGGGGCGUCCGUCUGCCUGUCUGUCUGCGUCCGUGGUGUGGGGCGACCGCGGUCGGGACGCUUUGCUGAGGUGGCGUGAGCAGACACACACAGGUUCGAGGCCGAUGGAAGACCGGUUGGUGCUCCUGCUCGCCAUGACUGCGCCGUGUCGAAGUGUUGGAUCCGCCGCGCGCCAUGCUCUCCGAGAGUGAGCUGCUGAUUAAAGAGUACACCAAGAUGGUGACCGACAUGCUGCUGCUCUGCGCCACGCUGGCCAUCUCCCUGUCCUUUUGGGUCUUGUCCCUCAUCAUCAGCACGUACUACGGCACGUUGCAGCCCGUGUCACCAUGGCGAUGGCUGUUCUCCAUCCUGGUUCCUCUGCUGGUGACCAUCAGAGCUGUGAAGAGAAGAAGUCUUGACCGUACAGGAGCCCUGAGCGCGCUCCUGGUGGGAUUUGUGCUGACCAUGGCAAACUACAGCUUCUUCUCCUGUCUGCUGGCCUUCUUCAUCACCUCCUCCAAGCUGACCCACUGGGGAAAAGCAACGAAGAAGAAAAUAGAUGCAGAUUACAAAGAGGGUGGUCAGAGAAAUUGGGUGCAGGUCUUCUGUAAUGGAGGAGUUCCCACAGAGCUGGCAUUGCUUUAUAUGAUAGAGGUGGGCCCAGGGGAGAUACCGGUGGACUUCAGUAAACAGUAUUCUGCUUCCUGGAUGUGCUUGGCUCUCCUGGGAGCACUCGCCUGCAGUGCUGGAGACACUUGGGCCUCAGAAAUUGGGCCUAUUCUAAGUCAGUCAAAGCCAAGACUCAUCACCACCUGGGAGGAAGUCCCAACAGGAACUAAUGGAGGAGUAACCCCUGUAGGACUGGUUGCCAGCUUCCUAGGUGGGCUCACCGUCGGCUUGGCUUACUUUUUGGCUCAGCUCCUGUGGGUCAGUGAUCUGGACUUGGCUGACCCCCAGUGGCCAGUCAUGGUAUACGGUGGUGUGGCUGGAUUCAUGGGAUCGCUCCUCGACUCGUUCCUGGGGGCUAACAUGCAGUACUCAGGUUUUGAUACGAGCAUCGGGAAAGUGGUUAGUUAUGAGUCAGCCACCACCAAGCAGAUCUGUGGGAAACCCAUACUGGACAACAACGCGGUGAACCUCUUUUCCUCCCUCCUCAUCGCCCUCAUCUUGCCGGGGCUGGCCUGGGGCAUCUGGCCUCGGUAGACUGACGCGCAGACGCCCAGACAGAUGGAAGCUAGGCGCUGCUGCUGAGACGCAGUCUGGAUUAAAUACGGAAUACCGCUCCUCAAGAUGUUCUCUGAAAAGUCAGAUGUACUACUGGGUGUGAUCGUCUGUCGCCAUCGCUUCACUCGUGCACACACGUGCAUGCAGUGGCAGGCCUCGGCCUUGUCUGUUCAUGGAAAAAGUAGGGAAGUCGUCUUUGGAAGAGAGAGCGUAUGCAAUGUUAUCUAAUUUUGUGAGACACAAACUGGACAUACACGCGCACAUACAUACCCCCCCACACCCACACAGACACACACACACACACCGGCAGCAGCAGUCUCAUACACACACACACACAUUACUCUUAAUGUUAUAAGGGCUGUGUAUUGUGGUGUUCUUCUCAACUCUUGAAUGCAGCUGUUAUUAAAUGAAGGCUGAAUAAAACAAAGGAGCCGAAACUCGA